UUCUCACUCCGCCUUUCCUUGCCAGCUCAUGUCUAUCCCUCACUCUCCGUUUCACGCCUUCUCACCUCUUAUUUACCCGCGAUUAUACACGUAAGAAUAAUUCAGUGCGAUUUUGAUGGUACCUCGAUUCCUUACAUUUUCGCCCUUGGCAACAGAAUUCUAAUUGCAGUUAAUUACUUCUUCAAGAGAUAAUCCUGCUGCCAUAUUUUCAAUUGACAAAUUUUUGUCAUGUUUAUGUUGAUUCUUUAUAGAUAUUAAGUUGAUGGAUGGGGGAGUGAAGAACCGUUGAGGUUUCGCCGACAACUCGUCAAUAGUUGGAGACGUACACGUAACAAUGCAAUCUUUCAUCCCUCUUCUGGUUGACGCACUGCACACGUUGAUGAACUCCAAGUACUUCAGUGCGAGCGGUGGUAGGGUGUACCCCAUGCAAGAUACGUCCCUGGAUACUACAGUCGACGAAGACUCGACUGACACUGGGACUGGGUGGACUGGGUGGACUAAGUGGACUGGGUUUGGUUUGGUGGUGAGUUUGGCGUAGGCGCUCUGUGCUCGAGCCAGCAGCAGUAGCAGCACCAUACACACAUCUUCGUCAGAAGUAAAAAGUACCUAGCAAUUCCGUUGUGGAAAUAAAACCUUGCGGAGAGGCCCACUGUUCACCGCUAAAUAACUUCUCAUUACACCAAUAUCCCUGUAUUUUCAUCGUGAAAGUGACGCAAUAACAAUCAUUUAUACAGUGAUAAAAAGAUCAAUGAGAAAGAGAAAAAAAAUAAUGUCUAGUGGAGGCUAAAUACACUUGGUCGUCGUCGUCGUCGACCGGUACCCAUAUAGUGAGUGUCGCCUGUCAGUGAAUUGUGCGCGGGCGCGCAUGAAUAUAUAUAUCUCUCUCUCUCUCCCUUCCUCUCUUCCUUUUAUCUCUUUCAUUAUUUCUCAGUAGCUCUCAUACCUUCGUGUGAUUAUCCCACAUCCCUUUUAGUCCCCUUGUGUGCACUAGGGCUCUAUGUACGUUAUUUUCUCAGUUACGCGAGAAAAUACCAGUGAAAAUGACCACGUAAGUGGAAUAAGGUGAAUAGAUUUCCUCGUACCGCAUCUCUCAGAUACUAUAUUUAAAAAAAAGAUAACAUCUAAUCCAGAAGAAAAAACCAAAAAAAAAAAAACUCAUCUCGUUCUGCUCGCUCUUUGUUCGCAAUUAAAAGCAAAUAAUGUGCAUGUGUGUGCAGUCUAUACUCCACAGAUAAAUAUUCGAAAUAUUGAAUUUGAGUGAUAAUAAUAAUGCGGGAAGUUGUGUGCGCGCGAGGAAUAAAAUAAGUGUCGCUCCUUCAAACAUGCCAAUAAUUCAGUGCAACGUCGUCGCAGUCAUCGGAGGCCCACGACUUACGCACGAGUUAUCCAUCAGAAAGUGGAGUAAAUAGAAGAGUCCAGUGGUCGUUGGACCGCGUGUAGAAACGUUGGAGGAGGAUGCUUGGCAGCUGGAACUGGCGAGAAGACUUGGAGCUGGGAGUUGCCAAGGGUAUUGUCGUUGAUACAUUUGAAAUUAAUCUGAGAAGUAAGAGUCCCGAUUCUACGCAUCCCGUUCCCGACAGCCGGGUGCUGAGGUAUGCACCUAGUCGUUGCCAAACCACCAUCAAAUCGCCGAAUACCGGUCUCCAGCCUCCUCGCGACUGUAUGGACUAGCAGCGUGAGGUGGCAAAGAUGCUGACGGCACAUCCCGAGAUGCAUGAAAAACGUGAUGACCUUGGCGGAGUUCAGUACGUAAGUGUUGGCGGUGGUGGUGGUGCAACAAUGGAUGAGAAAACAGAUCAGCCACAGCCACCCCCGCCACCGCCCCAGCGUGAUCCAUCAGAUCCAACGAUGAACGCCAAGAAAAUUCCAAAGAAGAGAAAAUUCGAUCCGUCCGAAUUGGAGGACAUGGAGAAACCGAGGAACAUCGUCAGUAACUUUGGAACUAUGAUAAAUUUACAUCAAACAUUGCCACAAGUACAGUCGACGUCUGGAAGCCAUCAUUUACAUCCACCAUUGGCAAUGACACAGCAGCAGCAGCAGCAGCAGCAACAACAACACUCGCCACAUCACUCACCAAAUCAUCAGCAAAUUAAACCAAUGGUAACAGAGUGUUACUCAGUUGUCCAGAGUGUUGUUGUUCAGCCACCACCUCAAAGCACAGCAGUUGACUAUUCAUUGCGUGAUGAGCCACCACGUCAACGUCCAAGACCUUCAACAAUUACGAUUGAUCUCAGCGAGUGGCAGAACCACCGCGUAUUAGCUUUAAGAGACACGCGUUAUUAUCCUGGUGUUAUUCGAAACGCUGUUCAUGGUGAUGUUUACAUUGAAUUUGAUGGUGAAGGUAAAUUAGUGAGAUAUAACGAUGUACUUGGUGCUGGUAAAUCCGAUAUUAUUGCUGAUGCUAGCCCUUCCAUCGGUCAAGUUAAAUUGGAUGCGACAGUGUGCAUUCGGUGUCCAACAAAUAGUGGUUUAGAUACUAUGACUAAUGUAUUUGUUAAGGGGAGUGUGUGCAACAUAUUGACUGGACCUCAUCGUUUUGUUGUUAAAUUUCAACGUGAUGAGGAGCAGAGUGAGAGUUUUGUCGUGAAAAGAGCAGAUUUGAGACUGUUCAGGCCACCCUGGUGGGAUGAACUCGAGGAGGGAUUUGGAGAAUCCGAGUCUAUGAGAAUUGAUCCUGCUAUUGAUCAUGCAUUCAGAAAUUCGGUUGAAGCAUCAGUAGUUGGUUCCAUUCAUCCACUUCACCAUCCGCCCCAUUUGUCCUCCCACAAUGAUUCUGGUGGUUAUUAUCGUACGACUGGUACGAGUCCCCUUAUGACAGUUGGUACACCCGGGCACUCUGCUAACACAACCCUGAGCAAUGGAAAUCGACCUUAUGACGAUCUCGAGAGUGACGACGAUCUUGAUAGGGAAGACAUAACAUUUCCAUCCGAUGCAGGGAGCAGUAAACGCAGUAGUAUACAGAGCCGGGGAAGCAACAGUAGCUUGAUGGAACAACGUAGUAUAACUCCACGUUCACAGGCGGCCACACCCAGAUCUCAGGCGGCGACGCCACACAAAUACAAAAAGGGUGAUGUAGUGGUAACGCCCAAUGGAAUUAGGAAAAAAUUCAAUGGAAAACAAUGGCGAAGAUUGUGCAGUAAAAAGGGCUGUUCCAAGGAGAGUCAGAGACGUGGCUAUUGCUCCCGUCAUCUGUCACUCAAGGGUUCAGAGUUACGGGGCCCAACGAGUACAUCUCACGGUGGCGGUGAAGAGACAUCUCGUGAUUCAGAUACCUCACCAAAUUACGGUGAUCGACGUAUGACAGGCCGAUUCGAUCAGGAAGAAACAGAAGCCGCUAAUAUGCUUGUAUCUCUGGGUAGCUCACGCUCAGCAACACCAGCCUACUCCUCACCAACUGCCCAUUCAUCUAUUUCUCCCUGCAUCAGUCAAUCUCCAGUACCACCCCUCGGAUUAAAUCAGAAUAAUGUUUUCAUGCCAAUAUCCACUCCAGCAGCCCACCACGCAGCCUCCCUUAUAUCCCCAGGUACUAAGUGGAAACACUCACCAACUCAAUCACAUUUUACUGUGCAAUAUCAACAAGUUAUUAAGCCCGAACCAAAUCGCAUGGUCAGACCGAGUAGACCAGCACCAACUGUACCGGCACCAGCCAGCAUUGGAACAAGUGUUAUACGUAUAUCCCCAGUUGGAAGGAGCAUGCCAACUCAGAAUUUAACACUAUCGUGGUCUGAACAGAGCCCACCGCCACGACAUCCUUCUGUUGUAACAUCCAUGGCUCAGCAGCAGCAGCAACAACAACAACAACAACAACAACAGCAGCAGCAGCAACAACAACAACAACAACAACAGCGCAUCAUUCUCCAGCAUGCACUUACCUCAAACAAUGGUUUUGCCACUCAUACCGAUAUACCUGAACAAAAUCAGCAACUAUUGAAGCCACCCCAUUCACCUCAUGUCCCUUUAGCUGCUCCGCCUCCUCAAAAUUUGAGCCUCAAAACUCAGGAACUGCCCGUUGACUAUGCACAGCCUCAGGGUCAACCGAUUUAUGUUAUGCAAACGCAGAUUCAGCAACAGUCACAGCAACUCACUCAGAUGUCUCAGGUGCCUCAACACGAUAAAAAAUAUUUAGUGAUAAAAAAUGGCAUUGACGUGCCAUCAUCUGGGCAUGUCGACAGUCAAGAGGAUAAAUACAGACAGGGCAUGUUGAAUCAUCUAGGACAAAUGCAAACGCUUGCAGGAAGUGCAUGCCAAUCACAGGUGCAGUCUAGCGUUGCUGUUGGGCAUGUGGAAAAAAUGGCGAUAAUACCACAGUCUGCAAACAUGGGGCUUCACAUAUCAUCUCAUUCGGGGCUCCAGAGAACCUCAUUGCAACAACCACAACAGCAACACCAACUGCAAAAACAGCAACAACAACAACACCACCCACUCUCUACAAGCGCCGUAAUGUCUACUGCAACGGCAGUAACAAACACCUUAACACCUACGAGUGUCUUCCAGCAUGUGAUCGUUCAGCCGAGCCAUUUGUCUCAAGUACCAAAGACAUUACCAUUGAGGGAGGAUGGCAAUGGCAAACCCAAUGGAGUUGUUUAUGGCUGCCACGAUGUUUCACCUCUAUACCAGCCCCAUCCCCCGCAAUUGCUCAACAAUUCAAUGCGCAACUGGAAGAAAGCUUUUUCCUGGCAGACGACAGUACUAGAUCAACCAGAAGUGAGUCCACCACCAUCAGCACUGAGUCCACCAUUGAGUGCACCCCCGAUACCACUGAGCAUUGGGAAUCCCGGAGAUGAGCCAAUUGGCCCUGGCCCGGAUCCCAUUACACCAGCUGACGAGGAAGAUGAUGAUGUUUUCGAGACUGAACCAACUACACCUGCUGAGGUCGAGGCUAAUUCAAAUAAACGUCGAAGUCAAUCACUCAGCUCAUUGCACACCAAAGAUCCACAGAGUCCACUAAAGACAAAGGACCGUAUUCGUCGACCAAUGAACGCUUUUAUGAUAUUUUCAAAACGUCAUCGAGCAGUUGUACACCAGAGACAUCCAAAUCAGGACAAUCGUACAGUGUCAAAGAUUCUCGGUGAAUGGUGGUAUGCAUUGGGUGCUGAGGAGAAACAGAAAUAUCAUGAUUUAGCGUCUGAAGUGAAAGAGGCGCAUUUUAAAGCACAUCCAGACUGGAAGUGGUGCAGUAAAGACAGGAGGAAAUCAUCGACAACGAGUUUCAAAGGCAAUGAGCCAAGAGGAAAACUAAAUAGUACGGGAGAAGAGACGGAUAUGGGACCACCCAGUGAGGACAUUCUGCUAACGCCUCGUACAUCUGAUGAAAUUUAUAUACCAGUAACAGCAAUCUACAGUGAUAUCCCAAGUACUGAGACUGUGAGUCAACCGCAUUCAUCUCAUCGACUUCUGGAGCCUCAACCAAUGGAUACCACUGAGUCGUCAUCCGUUAAACAGGAAGAUGACGGUAAUGCCUCUGAUGACGAACAACAAAUGGUGAUAUGUGAGGAUCCGCAGCCAGAGAGCGAGUCAAAAGUGAAAGAUAAACCAGCAGACAGUGAUAAUGAUGGACAGGAUAAAGAGGGAGAUGAAAAAAAUUUUGGAAGGAGAUUUUCACCUGUCAGCAGUGGAAAAUCUCAGGGAGUUAAAUCCGAGGUUACCUGUCGGCCCAAGCCAAUAAAAGGUAUCGAAACAACGACGAGCUAUCAUCAUGCGUCUAUUGACAAAGGUGGCACUGUAUCGGUGCUCUCAACUUAUCCUUAUCACAGUCCCGUCAAUCCCACUGGAGUUUCCGGAUUUCAACCGAAAGGAGGGGCAUUCAUCACUAUGCCAAUAUCACCCAAAGUUGUUAAACCAGAACCAGUCAAGGGAGAUCAACAGUACAGUACCCAGUACUGUGUUAAUAAUCUUGUUGCUAAUAUACACACUGAAAAUGGAAGGAGUGUGCCCAAAUUUACAGCUGCAUCUGUCUUGCAUUCGAUUGGAACGAAGCCAAUGAUGGCACUGUUGAAGCAGCAGCCAAUGCAGUCUUCAACUGUCCAUCGUACCCAAUCAUCAGCCGUUCCUUUUCAACCUCCGAUCACUCUUACAUUGCUCAAUAAUGAUUUGGUGGCUGUUUCUAAACAACAGCAGGGCUCACAGUAUCUUGGAACAAAUACGCAACAACAGAGGAUGUUUAUACCAGGAUUUCACAUACCGAUUUCUGAGACUGGGAAUCGUAAUAUAACCAUACAGAACUUCGUUGCUGGCAACAAAGUUGAUACUCCAAGUGUUAUUGUUACGAAAUCGUAUCCUGUAGCAACGUCUUCUUCAAGCACCCCAAGUUAUCGAGGAAUUGGACAUUCUAUCGCUAGACUCGCUGAAUCAGAGAAAAAAGACAAUCUUGUCACCACGAAUCAUGUUCAUUUUUAUGAGCAAGAGCGUAAAGAAGGAGUUCUUUUACCCACAACGAUAGAUAAAGUGAGGCAACCCUCGACUCCGCAUACUCCUCAUACGCCCCAUACGCCGCACGGUACCAAUCAGAAUAGUGAUCACUCUACGAGUUUUGUGGCUGAAGACUCUCAGCCGAGGAAUAAUGAUAUCGGCCAGAAUAAGGGGCCGUUUAUGCUGGCACCGACCCCCGCUCAACUUGGACGUGCACCUCUCCAAAGAAGACAAUCACUGGCAUAUCCUCCUACAUCCAAUCCAGGAGACCAACCGAAUUCUCAGCACUUUGAUACUCGAGGAUCAACAAAUCAACCGAUUGUGGAACAACAGCCACAACAACAACAGCAGCAACAGCAACCAUUCCAACAACAAUUACAGCAACAGCAACAAAUUAAAGUUGGUGAUGCUCAAGCAAUGCCAUCACCAAUGGCUAAGAAAGGAUCGUUUUUCAAAAAGAAUGUUGAAGAUGGAAUGGACAGGGUACUUGAACAAGUUAAUUUUGAAGAGAAAUUUUCAUCAUUACCUGAGUUUAAACCAGAGGAUAUACAGAGCCCAAGUGCAAUAAGUAUGAAUACACCAGUGGGCUCGUCGGUUCAUACUCCAGGCACAGCUGGACUUCAUCCCCCCAAUCUUCCAUCAUCUCUUCAGGGGUAUAAAAAGAAAAGUACUCAAGGACUUCACAGAUCUACACUUAAUGAGGAAGAUGGAGACUGUGACGUUUCUGCAACGCCGAAAUCGUCAGCCAGUGUUAAAUUGACGGGAAACACAUUCUUUGGUCCAGACUUCAACGUCGAUGCAUUCAAAAUAAAUGCUGAUAUUGGUGGUGAUGAAGCUAGUUCGCCCAGAACACCAAAGACUCCGGGUGGUGGUGGCAGCGGAGUAGGAGUAGGGAGAAAUGAUAAUGAGCGAGGACCUCGAAAGGUUCUCGAGCAGCGUAGACAAUUAGUUAUGCAAUUAUUCCAGGAUCAUGGAUAUUUUCCAUCGACACAGGCCACUUCAUCGUUUCAAGCUAAACACUCGGACAUUUUUCCAAAUAAAAUGAGUUUACAAUUGAAAAUCAGAGAAGUACGACAAAAAUUGAAGGCCAAUUGUGCUACGCCAAUGAGUGCAAGCAAUUUAGUUAGUCCCUUGCUUAUGGCGGAGCCAUCACCGAAUGUUACUGGACCUUUGACGGCUCCUACAACGUCAAUGGGAGCUCCACUGUCACUGCCUGUGAGCAGUAGUGGCAGCUAGCGCCCAUGUGCCAACUGUGAUACAUCGAAUCCCCUUGCUCCACAACAAGAGUACAUCAUAAUCCUUUGAUUAAAAAACAGUGUUAAUUCGAUAUAGAAUGAAUUUAUCAAGCUGAGGAUAAUCGAACAUUAAUUACGUUUAAUGUACAUUUUUUUCCCGGAGAAUAAGUUUUAUUUCUUCUAAUAUAAUCGAUGGAAUGUCAGUGCAAUUUGAAUAUGUAAAGAAUAACGUGAAGUAAUUGGAAUAACAUAGGAAUAUGUAGGCAAUAACAAGUUGGGGAAGAAUAUUCAAAGGCGUGUUAAUAUACGGUCAUCAGUUAAACGAUUAAUUAUUAUCUAUACAUACGGUUAUAAUCGGUGUUUGAUACUUUUCGGCAUAUAUGAAAAAAAAACGGUUAGGAGAAUGUAAAAAGAAUGUGUUCAACAAAAUUGUGUUCUAAAGUACACGUUGAACAAAUCGAGGGAACUAUAUUCCAAGGCUUUGGAAAACCAAUUCAGCUUUACGAAGAAAUACUCACUUACAUAAGUGAAAGUAAUUAAUGUUUAUAUUUCAGAAUAUAUUUUUUCAUAAUCAGGUAAAGAGGGGAAAGUAAAAUGAUUGUUCCAUGUAAAUUACAUGAAAUUCAUCUGUGAAAAUUAACUAAUAUUCUUUUUCCAAUGAAGUUUUGGCUUACGAACUGAUAUCCGUAGAUUAACUCGCUCGGGGACAAUUUACAUAGAAGACCUAUGCUAUUGUUACAUAUUGUUAAAAAAAUGUGCUAAAAAUAAUGAAAAUCAGUAUAAUGGUUGGAUUGUCGCCUGCGAAUAAGGAUGCACAAGUGCAUAAUCAUUCAGAGAAUAUAAAAUUAAUUAAUGAGGAAAAGAUGAAUAUAGAGGGAAAUAUCAGAGUUUAUAUACUUGAGUUAUGCUCUAAAUAUAUAUAUACUAUAUAAGUGACAUAUACUAAGGAGAAUAUUGCACAGAACAUCUACGUUGAAGGGAAUAAUCGCAAAAAAAUACCAUAGACAUAGUUGUUUUUUUUUCUUGCAAAUAACUGGUGAAGCAAUAAGAGAGUAAUUACUUUAAAUAAUUGAGGAGAUAACAGGGGCUGCAUUUUUUUCCAAUUUUCGAACAAUUUGUCAGUUAAAAAUGUCGCCAACUUACGACGUAAAAUCACGAUGGAAAAAUGCGUAGUAUAAAUAACUCCCUGUUAUCCGGUAAAAGGAGAGAGAAAACAUUUUUUUUAUAUGAAUUAUAGUGAUGUUUCAAGCCUCAGUAGAGUUUUUUGAAGGUUCGAGGUACUUUUUUGAUGCAUAGAAUAUCCCCUGUAUUACAAGACGUAUAGAUAAAAUGGAAAAAUUUGUAAAAGUACAUAAGAAGUGCCAUCGUGCGUUUAAAAAAACUACAUGAAAAGAGAGGGAACGCAUGCGAUUAUUUUUUGUUAGUAAUUACCAGUUUUGGUAAAAACAAAAAAAAAAGGAAAAAAAAUACCCAAUAAUAUGUAGGUGAAAUGUAAAAUGUUUCCGAUAUUUCCGAAAGUACUUAUCGACUGUUUUUAGAUCUCUGCCAAGGAUCAAUGCAUCUCACGGUUAUUUAAUGGCUCUCUUACUAUUAUUAAUUUCUUCUUCUCAUUUGGCCAACUUAGGUAUAAGAAGUUUUAUAUUGCUCAAUUGCAAUUUUAGGUCUACCCCUCUGCCCAAUUUCCUUCUUUUUGGCCAUGACAACGAAUUUUAUACAGAUUUGUUCGUUAAUUUAUGAAUUUAUGAAGGGAAAACAAAUUUUCUUAUUGAAUUUUAAGCUCUCCUGUUUUAUCAAUAAGCAGGGCAUUUUUUUUUUUUGGAAAUUUAUAUAUGUUUGAAAAACAAUCUGUUUUACAUAAAUGAAAUUUACAAUAGACAUUUUUAAUAAGUUUAGUAUUUUUAA